AUGAUGCUGAGAAUCCAUCCACCAGUGAAAGAAAAGCUGACUUUUGAAGCAUUCGGUACCCCUCUAAAAAAAUUUGUUGGCAAAGAGAAGCAAGAAUUUUAUAUUAGCCAGCAGCUAAUAUGUUCAAAAUCUCGUUUCUUCAAGGCUUCCUGCAAAAAAGAGUGGUCUUCGGGCAGGAACAAGAUUGUCACGCUUGAAGAAGAUAGUCCCGAAAUCUUUGCUGCUUUCCUUGUAUGGCUCACGACUGGUUCAAUCACCACCGCUGGCCCUCUAGUUGAUAUGCCACGACUUUAUGAUUCAAAAACUGACGAUAGAACUGACGAUGAAAGUGACGAUGAAAGUGACAAUGAAAUCACGUCUACAGUCCCACUCAUUUCGCCUCAGGACAUGAUGAAUCAGAUGGACAGACGAUUCAAGCAGCUUCUCGAGUGCUACAUUCUUGGCUACUCACUUCUAGCUGAACAAUUCCAAAAUUACAUCAUGGAUAGCAUAGUCGAUUUGGCCAAAUCUAAGCACGAUAUGCCUGUUGAAGGAAUUCACGACUUCAAACUUUUCGCUGGUACCCCAGCCAUGAAAAAAGACCUUUACGACAGAAUUCCACAAAAUUCUCCGCUGAGAAAAUUCCUCUUCGAGUACUUACUUCUCGAAGGAACGAUUGUGGAUGCCUCCAAACCCAAGCAACGCAUAGACUUCAGCUUGCAGGAACUUCUCCUGGAGGCCUACGAACUCAAGGAGUACAUAGAAUUCGACUUGCAAGACUAUAUUGGUGACACGCUCGGUGGAUUUGUGCAAGGCUAUGAUCAAGAGCUAGCAUCGCCAUGCUAUCCAGCUCGGUGCUAUUAUCAUAUCCAUUCGCAGGAGUCUGGGGAUUAUGUUUGCCCACUGUCGAAGGUGUGA